AAUGACUCUCCAAAUCACGCUUUUUCUUAAAAGAGAGAAAUAUCGAUAACUAGGCCUCUAAAUAAUUAGCAUAGAAUGGAAGAAGCAGGGCGGGACAACUAGGCAGAUGAGCAAUUCUAAAGUUAAAGGAUUCUCCCAAAAUUAUUUUAUAUUGCUUUUUAUUUUUAGAAAAACUGAAGUCCUUUCAUUCUAUAUUUGGAGCAUUAGAUCUAUUUAGACUUAGAAUUUUAAUUUAGAGCAAAUAAUUAUGAUAAUAAUUAAUUCUAGCAUUAAUUCUAGCUAAUAUUUAGAAAUUCAUAAUGCAAAAACCCAAAAAUGUCAGAUUUAAUAGGAUGUUUCAAAAGGAGGGAUCUUAAAGACAUUCUGUUUACUGACGGAUCGCCACAAGUAAAAUGACUGCUUAUAAUGGGAGAAUUAUUUUCAUGCCAAAAAUAUAAUUCAAAAUUUAGUCUGGAGAUUCACUUGUAGAAAUUAUGAAAUGUUGAAAGAUAAAGUGAACCAACCUGAUUAAUUAUAUCUAUAUUUCAAAAAUAUUUUCUACUGA